GGGAAGUCCGCCCGACAGGCGCCUCUGACGUUGGCGAAACUGUGAUUGUGGGUCACACCACUAUACCAUCGACACCCCCGGGAGUUGGGAGCAGGAACUCCUUGGGCCCCGUGGGUUGCGUCGUGGGGAUGCGUGUACGGUAUUGGUAACGUUGCCUGCCAUGCAGCAACAAUGGGAAAACUUUAAUGAGUACAAGUUGCUGCCAAAACAAAAAGACAGCCAGGCAGGCAGCAGGCGGCAGGCAAACGGAUUGUCGGGCGGACGGACAGGUGUCCUUGCUGCAGCGUAGUCCGCAGCCAGUCAAACGAACCGAGCACGCCACGCGUUGCGGACGGAUUGCCUGGAUUUCCGUAAACAGAUCUCUCCUUCGGGGGCAGGAAAGUAAACGUGAGGAGCAUGAAACCGGGUCUCGAAACCACCGACGAGGGCGAGGAGAAUGGAGACGCGCCAGAUCAUCGCGAGGGGGAUCCCCGGCCGCUGCCGUACGACUUCGAAAAGGAGCUGAUCCAAAGAUCCAACAGACACAUCCGACUUUACGAAUCCUUUGUCCCAGUGAGUCAAGUCUAUCCGCUGACACGGAAGUUUUACGCCCAGUACGAGCAACGCCAGCCGUCGGAUACCUUGAGGUACCUACGGCACACUUGGCCCGAUAAGCAUUUGGAGCGUCAGAGGCAGCUGGCAAAGGCGGUUCCCCUCCUGGAAUCGCAGGUGUACGGCUGGCUGCCGCUCAAAAGUGGAGAGCGGGCCGCCGAACUGAACUUUCUGCAUGCCAAAAAGCUGCGCUGCGGAAUGACUGUUCACGGGGAGCGCUUGAUCGCGGAGAGGAUUACGGCGCGACCUCCUUUUAACGGGCUCAGAUUCCUGCUUCACUAAUCUUGCGUGCAACAUAGUGUUUAUAUUUGUUUAAAACAGAGCGAUAAUGAUUAAAAUACAAAUCUAAGCC